AUGCCUGGAAUUAAAUUUACUUUCACUUUAACCACAUCAUUUCAAUGCAUACCUUGUUUAAAAAAGUAUCAAUGUAAAAAGAAGGAUCAAGUUUCAAAUGAAGAAAGAAAAAAAAGAGAGAGAGAAUUUGAAGAAACAGGUGUUCUUCCACGGUGUUCUUUAUGUAAAUUAUUCCAUAAUCGCUGUAAGAAUAAGAAAUGUAAGCAGUGCUGCAUGUUACAUACAUGUAAUGCAAUUGAGUGUUCCAACUGUGAAAAAUGUGGGAUCAGCUGCGAAUGGCCUUUUCCAAGAACUGAGGAAGAGUUUAACAAGUUAUCUGAGAAAUCGGGUAAUGUUUUAACAAGAUCUGUGGCAAAAUUUGAAAGAUCCAGUCAAGGAAAUCUUCAUGUUCAUGUUGUUUUAACAUUUUCAAAACAAGUGUCUAUGAAAUUUGUUAAACAGUUGGUUGGCUGUGAGAGAAUAUCUUUUCCACCUGGUGUUGUAUGUAAGGGAACUUCAAAAGAUAAUGAAGAUUACGUAUUAAAAAUUUGGGGUCGUUGUGCAAUUCAUCACAAACCAAAAGAAGGAAAGUUCUGCAAAUGUAGUUUUUCUAUCCAGGAAGAUAUUAGCAAAUGUAGUCUUUGUAAGAAAUCUUGUAUCAGUGUAAGAAAAAAAGAACAGUUGGACGAAGAGGGUGCAAAACCAUUUAUUUUUGGUAAUUUUCGUCUAAUAGAAGGUUCAUCAGACGACACAGUUGAUAAGCUCAAUAUGAUAAGAUUAGACAAUGAGUACAAAAAACAAAAAAUGCGUGAUGAACAACUUGAUCCUGAUUAUAUUCUUCAACAUCCUGAAUCACAACCGACUGACUGGUAUAGUUCGUAUCCAGCUGUAAAACAGAUGGCGAAGGAUAGAAAAGAAUUAGAAAAUAGAUUAAAAUUUAUUCCAGAAAAGAAAUUUUAUCCAAAGAACUUUUAUUUUUAUGGUGAUUCUGGUUCGGGGAAGACAACAAUUAUCCAAAGAAUUGUCAAAGAACUUGCAAAAGGAAGAGAAGCAUGCGUUAAAGCUAGCGAUCCAAAAUUUUUUGAUAAUUAUAACAAUAAUGAGAUUAUUUACAAACAUGAGCUGUCACAUGACACCUGGAAGUUUCAAGAUCUCUUAAAUCUUUGUGAAAAAGAUGAAUGUGUUAUCAGACGAAAGAAUAAAAAACCUGUGAUAGUUGUGUCCAAGUAUAAUAUUUUUACAGCACAACAUUCAUUUGAUGAUAUUUUUAGCUUUAGAAAGCGCAUAUUCGAUGGAGAAAAAAUUAAAAGCUCAGAGUCAGAAAUCGCAUUGUAUAGAAGAUUUUCAAAAUCACGAGUUUAUACACAUGGUUAUAUCAUAGAAAUGUUGGGUCGUUAUGAGGAAGGAGUAGUUAAUUUUAGAAUAGAUCGCUUAAAACCAUAUCAAGCGGGAGAUUUAUUAGAUUUUAUUAAUGGUAGAUUCGAUAUCAAAUUUUCGGAAGAUAUUAGUUUGGAAGAGGCAAAGAAAUACAUUUACGAUAAUGAUUUUGACAAUUUGUAUAAUCAAGAUGGUUAUGUUUUCAUGAAACGAGAGAUUAAUAUGAGUUAUGUUUUAGGUGGUAUUGUUGCAAAUAUAGACUUAGAAAGAAAAUCAUUCACUGUUUACAAUGAAUUUUGGGAUUCUGAACUUCCAGAAAAUAUCAUAACUCCUUAUAAUAUAGAAUCGUUACAUAAGAAUUUACGUCAAAAAUUACAUUGGGUUGAUAAAAAACCUGUUGAUUUUAUUGAAAAUAAUUUAGAAUUGAUAGUACUUGAUCCACAAAUAGAAUCAAGCACUAAAC